AUGAGUAACAGCGAGUGGAAUGAUGCUGAGGCAAACCUGCUUCCCGAGAAGGUCGAGAAACUGGAGCAGAAUGGCGAACUACCUAAAGACACAAAGAGGCAGCGAAUCGUAGUCGUAGGAUUAGGUAUGGUCGGUGUCGCAUUCAUAGAGAAGCUCAUGAAGUACGACGUGAAACGACGAGAAUAUGAUAUCAUUGUUAUUGGAGAAGAGGCACAUCUUGCAUACAACAGAGUUGGCUUGACCAGCUUUUUCCAACACCGCGAGGUCGAGAACCUCUACCUCAAUCCGAAAGAAUGGUACUCAUCAAUGCCUGAAGGCUCAUUGAACUACCACCUCAACACCAAAGUCACAUCAAUCAAUGCCGAGGAGAAAAAGGUCGAGACAUCACAAGGCACGACAGUACCCUACGACAUUCUGGUUCUUGCAACUGGCUCCGAUGCAGUACUACCUCGUCACACUCCUGGACACGAUGCAAAAGGCGUAUUCGUAUACCGCACGAUCGAAGACUUGGAGAAGCUCAUCGCAUAUUCGGCCACGAAGACCGGAUCUGUUGGUGCUGUGGUCGGAGGUGGUCUGCUCGGUCUCGAGGCCGCCAAGGCCAUGAUGGAUCUCGAAGAGUUCAGCAAAGUCAAGCUUAUCGAGAGGAAUCGCUGGGUAUUGAGCAGACAACUUGAUGGCGAUGCCGGUGGCAUGGUCGUCGAGCAAGUUCGGGAUUUGGGCUUGGACGUACUUCUCAGCAAAAGAGUCGGAAGGAUCAACGUCGAUGGCGACAACAGUGUCACUGGUGUGACUUUCGAGGAUGGCGAGCAGAUGGACUGCACAUGCAUCUGCUUCGCCAUUGGUAUCAAGGCCCGCGAUGAGCUUGCACGUGCGGCUGGCAUCAAAUGUGCGGACAGAGGCGGUGGUAUCGUCAUCAACAACGACCUCUCUACUUCUACACCAGACAUCUACGCCAUUGGAGAAUGUGCCAGCUGGGAAAGCCAAACAUUUGGUCUCAUCGCGCCUGGUGUCGAGAUGGCAGACGUGCUUGCCUUCAACCUUACACAAGCCAAGGCUCACGCCUACAGACAAUUCAAGCGACCGGAUCUGAGCACCAAGCUGAAGCUGCUCGGAGUCGAGGUUGCCAGUUUCGGUGACUUCUUCGCCGAUCGAGAUGGUCCGCAAAUGCUGCCCGUCAGACGGGGUGCCGGAAAGAAGGAAGGCACCACCGACCAGAAGGAUCAAGUCAAGAAGCUCACCGACGGUCCUGCCCCGCCACCCGUCAAAGCUCUCACAUACAAGGAUCCAUUCACCCAAGUCUACAAGAAGUAUCUCUUCACGACGGAUGGAAAGUACCUGCUUGGUGGUAUGAUGAUUGGAGACACCAAGGACUAUGUCAAGUUGGUCCCUAUGGUCAAGAACCAAAAGCCUCUUGAGGUUUCUCCUAGCGAGUUUAUCAUCGGCGCAAGCAAGGGUGACGAUGACGCCGAUGACCUUGCCGACGACACCCAGAUCUGCUCAUGCCACAACGUGCUGAAAGGAGAUGUCACCAGAGCGGUCAAGGACGGAACCUGCAAGUCUAUUGGCGAUGUCAAGGCAUGCACCAAGGCGGGUUCUGGUUGUGGUGGCUGUAUGCCUCUGGUUCAGACCAUCUUCAACAAGACCAUGGCUUCAAUGGGCAACGAAGUGAAGAACCACCUUUGUCCGCACUUUGACUACUCGCGUGCCGAUCUCUUCAACAUCAUCUACGUCAAACAACUGAAGACUUUUGAGGAGAUCAUGAAGCAGUGCGGAAAGGACCCCGAGUCGUCGGGUUGCGAAGGCUGCAAGCCAACUAUCGGAAAUAUCACUGCUUCACUCUUCAACAAGCACAUUCUUGAGAAGGACAUCCGUGGUCUCCAAGAUACCAACGAUCGUUUCUUGGCCAACAUUCAGCGCAACGGCACAUUCUCUGUUGUCCCUCGUGUUUCAGGAGGCGAGAUCACUGCCGAUAAACUCAUCAUCAUCGGCACCGUCGCCAAAAAGUUCAACUUGUACUGUAAAAUCACCGGUGGCCAGCGCAUAGACAUGUUUGGUGCUCGCAAGCAGGACCUUCCACUAAUCUGGAAGGAAUUGAUCGAUGGCGGCAUGGAGUCAGGACACGCCUACGCCAAGUCGCUGCGCACUGUCAAGUCUUGUGUUGGAACCACAUGGUGCCGCUUCGGUAUCGGUGACUCCGUCGGUAUGGCUGUACGUCUCGAAGAACGUUACAAAUCCAUCCGUGGACCUCACAAGAUCAAGGGUGGUGUCAGUGGUUGUGUGCGUGAAUGUGCCGAGGCACAAAACAAAGACUUCGGUCUCAUCGCCACGGAGAAGGGCUUCAACAUCUUUGUUGGUGGUAACGGUGGUGCAAAGCCUAGACACAGUGAGCUUUUGGCUAAGGACGUGCCUCCGGAUGAUGUUAUUCCCAUCCUUGACCGCUACCUCUCGUUCUACAUCCGCACCGCCGACAAGCUACAAAGAACAGCUCGUUGGAUAGAAAACCUUCCUGGAGGUAUCAAGUAUUUGCAGGAAGUCAUCCUGGAGGACAAGCUCGGCAUUUGCGCGGAUCUCGAACAGCAGAUGGAACAGCUCGUGGGCUCAUUCUUCUGCGAAUGGACAGAAGUCCUCAAGUCGCCUGAGCGUAUGAAGCAGUUCAACCAGUUCGCCAACACUGAUGAAGGAGUGCAGACCGUCGAGGACGUGCAGGAACGUGAGCAACACCGUCCUACAUACUGGCCCAAGGAUUCUGUCACGACGGAUUUCCGCGGUACAAAGUGGACCGAUCUUGCAUGGCAACCUCUGGCACGAUCCGACCAGUUCCAAGAUACUGCAACAGGCAGCUCACUUGCUGUCAAGCGUGGCGACACACAAUUGGCGAUCUUCAAGGUCAAGGGCCAAUACUACGCCACACAGCAGAUGUGUCCUCACAAGCGCGCAUUCGUGCUCAGUGACGGUCUCAUCGGUGAUGACAUGAAGACAAACAAAUUGUGGGUCAGUUGCCCUUACCACAAACGCAACUACGAGCUCAAGGGCGACGACGCUGGCAAGUGCGGCAAUGACGAGAGCGUCAACAUCGCUACCUUCCCGGUUGAGGCCCGCGAAGAUGGAAAUGUCUACGUCAAGCUGCCGCCUGUUGAGGAGCUCGACUCGGUGCUGGGAACUAGCAACUUUAUUGUUAAGAAAGACAACGAAGAGCAGCCUUUCGAGAAGCUUGACAAGAAGAUCCUCAAGGGUCAAAAGGGCAAGUUUGUCAGCCACUUGGAGAAUGGCAUGGGUAUGAAGGCGAAAGCCAAUGCCAUUCUUGCUGGCGGUGAGAGGAGUGGUGGCAUGGACUGGUAA